AUGGCGGGCUUCGUGGAUCCUAGCGCCAGACUCGUCCAACCCGAAGGCAUUGCUUUGGCAAUAGUUGUCGUUUCUCCGAUCUUUCUGUUCUUUUCCAUCUUAGCAGUGGCUGCUCGCAUAUAUGUGAGGGUCACGGAGAAGGUGACGUCUAAAGACGACUACCUGCUGCUAGGGAGCCUGAUAUUCUACAUCCCCGACACAGCGAUCGCCAUCCAUGCCGCCACCGUAGGAGUCGGCACAGUCAACGCUCGCCUCAACGCGUGGAUGCAAACCCAAGCGAUGAAGUGGUAUACGAUCUGGAUAUUGAUAUAUGUCAUCGGGCUGGCGCUCCUCAAAUCAUCUAUUUGCAUGAUGAUAUGGAGAAUCGCUAGCGUCCGGCGCGGCAUGCGCAUGACCUUGAUCUUUCUUCUGUCCCUCGUGUGGGCUUCUUUCUUCGUCACCUUCAUCGGCGUGCUGCUCUAUUGCUCCCCCGUCGAGGCCAACUGGGAGACCCAUCUCGUACUGGAAGGCAAGGCACGCUGCGGAAGUAUUGCGGCCAUGAUCGGCUUGACGUCUAUGGCCUCUAUCAGCACUAUAGCACGUGCUCCUUUCAUUUCCCGGUAUGAGAAGCCCGAGGAAGAUCUGAAGUAUUAUAUCGGCUUCAUCGUUCUAUUCUCCAACAUAGAAACUGGAGUCGGCUGUGUCGCCUCAUGCCUACCCGCUAUGCGACGCCUUUACAUGCGCAUCACCAAGAAGGAGACUUCAGAGAACAAGAGUUCCAAUCCACAAGGGACCGGUUCGGGGAUUAUUACCAUCGGUGGCGGCGGAGGCGGGUCCUCAAGCCGGGGCCGCAAGCAGAGGGGCAUGUUUGCCAGCGCCGCCGACCGGAGUGUCGAUAUUAACACGGUUCAGGCCACCGGCGGUGCCGAAGGGGGCGACUGGGAGCAGCUGCAUGAUGGCGACUCGGACGAGGUUCCGUUGUCGCCCUGGAAGAAGCCCGCACAAGGCAUCAGGAUGGAUUGUGGCUCUGCUGUAGAACUUGAGCCGGUGGAGCGGGGCGAAGCUAGAACAAAUUAG